CAAUUUUUUUUUGUUCGGCUCGUAGUUAACGGGCUGCAAACACAAACCCAAACCCUAGAUAGCAACUCCUCUUGGUUUGUUCUCCAUAAAUAGGACUCUAUUCUUCACUCUCAAACACAAACCCUGAUCUGCUCCUCUCUAUCUAAUCUUUUCCUAAAGUGGUUACAUUUGAGUAUCCAUUUUAGUCGGUUACAAUUGGUAUCAGACCCAGUCCCUCCUCAACUCUUAUCCUCCAUGGCUGAAGGCACUCGUAUUCGUGCCUUGGAUGACAUGCUAGGUGUUCAUGAGGGAAAGCUUGCAGAGAUGGCUGAAGAACUCAGUUUGAACAUGGAGCAUGUCUCCAAAUGUUUUGGUGAAGUUAACCAGCGGAUCGAUGGCCUGGGCAUCCGCCUGGAUAAGAUGGAUGGUAAUUUUGAAGAGCUUAAACAGCUACUCUUAGGGAUUCAACACAGCCGUAAGGAACACAACACCGAGCCACUCAUUUCUCAAGCCUCCGAAAAUGCUUCUGUAGCGACAAGCACUAACAUGGUUUCCACCAGAUCUGAGCGGAAGGAAGGUGUGGCCAGACCCACUAUGGAAUUACCUCUAGAGAUGGAGGCUAAUGCUCUAUCAAGAUUGCCCAUCAAGACAACAGUCCAUUGCAAAUGUGUAUGCAAAAGAUGGCGUAGUGUACUCUCAGACCCUUACUUUGUUGAUCUGCAUCUAUCAAGAUCACCUGCAGGGCUUAUAGUUCAAGAGGGUAAAAUCCUUAAAAUGGGCGAAGUAAAUGACAAAUCUGACCAGCAUGAUAUUCGCCAUGACCCUCUAAUGAGAUUAAAAGUACCAGAUGGCUCAGUCUUAAGUGGUUCAGUUAAUGGGUUAAUUAGUUUAAGGGAUAGGUAUGAUGCUGGUGCGGCUCGUAUAUGCAAUCCAGUUACACGAGAGUAUAUACUCCUACCAUAUAACAAGAACAUCGAAAAAUCAAUUCCUAUUAUCCGCAGUUUUGAGCCUUAUGAAUUGUCAGGUUAUGGGCUUGCGAGUUACGGCUUUGGAUAUGUUGAAGCCAGCAAUGUGUACAAGGUAGUACACUUUUAUGAAGGUAAGUUCUUUUCAACUGAAAUCUCGGGUAAGUCAAAGUUCGAAAUUUAUAGUCUCGGAACAGGCAAAUGGAGAAGUUUAGGAAUUGUCCCCUUUUUAGUCUGUCAUCAGGAUGGUAUAUAUGCCAAUGGUAACCUUCAUUGGCUAGCUUGUGUUCAGAAGGACAGACCUAAUGAAAUGGUGUGUACUUUUGACUUGGAGAAAGAAUCAUGUCAACUAACUGCUUCUGCUCCACAAGUUGGUGGGUAUGUUGAUUAUAGGAGUUUGGGAAUGCUUGGAGGGUGCUUGUGUAUCUGCGAUAAUAGGUCAGACUCUGAACUUGUCCUUUGGGUGAUGAAGGAUUAUGGAGUAAAGGAAAGUUGGAGUAAGGAAAUCAUCAUUCAAGAAUUAAAUUUUGGUCUUCACUGUCGUACGUUUUAUGUACUAAAAGUUUUGAAAGAUGGGAGUAUCUUGAUGUUGUGUAGUGCAAACUUAUUAUUCACAUAUCAUCCUGGAACUAAAAUCUGGCAAGUAGUACCCUGUUUUAAGGAAUAUGAGAUUCAGAGCAUGUAUGCAUCAGUUUAUGUCCCAAGUUUUAUUAGCCUCAAGAGCUUCAUGUUGGAAAAUGUUUCCGGAGUUUAGCUAUGAAAGCAUCAAAUGAAUGUAAGGUCUGAUCAUGCAGCUCAGCUCUUUGGUUACUGGUUUAGUUAUAAAGUUUAACUUGUUAUUUUCCAUCAAAUCAAAUGUAAGGUUUGAACAGUCAGCUUUGUCUUCCUUUAGUAGUUUAGUUAUUAAGUUUAGUUGCUUUGCAUUACAAUGUAAGGUUUGAACCUGCAGCUCUGCUCUUUUGAUUACUACUUUACUUAUGAAGGCCCUUCCGUUGAAUGAUUA